AUGAGCGAUAUUAGCCCAUGGUGGGAACAAUGGAGUCCUGAUAAUGUAACAAUAUCCGAUGAGGAUGUUCCAGACUCCUGGAAAGUCUGUGUUAUCGAUGGAGUUUACUUUGGGGGAAAUGCGUACUCUGGUAAUUUAGGUGCUCGUAUUUCUUCCGUUUUCGUUAUCUUCUUCGUCAGUACAUUUUUCACUUUAUUCCCAGUCAUCGCAUCGAGGGUUAAGCGGCUAAGAAUUCCAAAAUACGUUUAUCUGUUCGCCAGAUAUUUUGGUACUGGUGUCAUUGUUGCUACCGCAUUCAUCCAUUUACUUGAUCCUGCUUACGGUGAGAUUGGUGGCAGCAGCUGUGUUGGUAUGACCGGUCAUUGGGCAGACUACUCAUGGUGUCCCGCCAUCAUUCUUUUAACAGUUUUUACAAUUUUCUUGGUCGAUUUGAUCAGUGAUGUAUAUGUUCAGAAGAAGUAUGGUAUCAAACACAGUCAUGGCGACCCUAUUUCUGGCGCUAUUGUUAGAGAAGAAGGAAAUGUCCAAUUUGAAGGAGAUAGAGCCGAGCUUGCAAUUCCCGAUACUAGCGGUAGCCAUGAUGAAAAAUCACUCACCAAGUAUGAUUAUACCUCUGACAGCAGUUCUGAAGUUGUCGUAAAAUCAUUUGAGAGUCAAAUCGCCGCGUUUCUGAUCCUCGAAUUCGGUGUUUUAUUCCACUCUGUGAUGAUUGGUUUGAAUCUGGGAACUACUGACGACGAAUUUUCCACUUUGUAUCCUGUUUUGGUAUUUCAUCAAUCCUUCGAAGGUCUUGGAAUUGGUGCAAGACUCUCAGCGAUUCCAUUCCCUGAAGGUAAAAAAUGGUGGCCAUAUCUUCUAUGCUUAGCUUAUGGCCUCACAACUCCUAUCUGUGUUGCUAUCGGGUUAGGGGUAAGACAUACAUACGAUGGUAAUUCGUUUGUUGUCAACAUCGUAUCCGGUGUUCUGGAUGCUAUCUCAGCAGGUGUCUUAAUCUAUACCGGGCUUGUUGAAUUGCUUGCGAGAGAUUUCAUUUUUGAUGAAGAAAGAACUAAUAAUGUCUGGCUUUUAACUUUCAUGAUUGGGUGCACCUUAUUGGGUGCUGGUCUUAUGGCUCUACUAGGUAAAUGGGCAUAA